AUGACGAAUCUCGUCCACACGCGCAUGCAGGCCGUCGCCAGGUGGCAGUCCCGGGUUCGUGGAUUCCGAAACCGCCUGCACGCGUUCAGAGAAGCGAUUUCCCGCCAAGACGCGCUCUUCUCGCUCCUCGCCUCCGCCCGGGCUUUAAGAGGGGCUUACGCGGAUUGUAUAGGGGAAAUCGCCCGCAGAAAAGGGUUCGGGAUGGGGUAUAUGGGGCGGGCACAGCAGGUGGCAGAGGAGAUGGCGAGAGUGAGAGAGGAGGAGGUGGAGAGAAGGGAGAGGUUCUGGCAGCGGCAGGGAGAGUUAGGGUUGGUGCCUCGGGUGGUGAUAGAAGGGAUGGGGUUGGGGCAUGGGUGUGUGCCUAGUGUGUGUACUGUGAGUGUGGCGCCUUUUGAUGAGGGAUUGGUGAGUGUGGGGGAGGGGGAUUUGCCUGUGUGGGGGGAGGAGGGGGAAGGGGAGGGGGAAGGGGAGGGGGAAGGGGAGGGGGACGAGGGGAUGGUGUGGGACGAUGAUUCUAAAUUAGGGGCGAACAUCAAUAGCAGUAUCGCACAUGUCUAUGACGAGGAUGACACAGCUGGCAGCGCCUUCCCCUCUCACCAUCACCACCACCACCAGCAGCACCGGCAGCAGCAUCAUGCUGACGUGGACGAGGAGGACGCUGACGUCAGCCAGUCGAACGAUGACAUGGCGGGCGGCAGGAGCGCGGAGGAGCUGGCAGUGGAUAACAUGCGGCUCAGAGCGGAGCUGAUUGCACUCAGAGUGCUGGGCGCAGCUGGGGCAGGUGCUACUGGGGUAGGUUUAUCCGGGGUAGGUGAAGGUGCGUGUGGAGGGGGAGGAGGGGGACACGUGGCGGAGGAGUGGCAGCAGCUGGUGCAGGCGCUGCAGCUGAGGGAGCAGGUGGUGCGGCAUGUACAGGUGGCGUUGCGUGAUAGGCAGGCGCAGGUGGAGGCGUACGAGCGGCGAAUCAGAGAGCUGGAAGGGAUGCUGGGCGAUAUGAGCCGAGAUAUUUCGAGAGAUAUGGGUAGAGACAAGGCUGAUGUGCGGACGAGUGACGCAGUCACAGAGGAGGUGGAGCAGGAGGGCGGAGAACACAUUGAGGAGGGUGCAAUGGAGGAGGGGAGGACCGUGGAGAAGAGAGUAAGUCAGGAGGGAGAGAGAGAGGAGGAGGGGAAGAGUGAGGAGGAGAGAAGGAGAGAGGUGGCAGGGUUGCAAGAGGAGGUGCAAGCCACGUUGAGUGAGGUCCAGUCGUUGCAAUCGAAGCUCACUGCGACAGAGUCGCAGCUAUCCGCAGCGCAAUCAAAUCUGUCUGCAGGAGAAUCAAAUCUGGCCACUGUCCAAUCGAAGCUCACGGCGGCGGAAGCCAGGCUGGCAGCCGCCGAAUCCCAGCUGGCAGAGGCCCGUGAUGAGAAUCAGGGGCGGCUGGAGCAGCUGCAGCGUGAGCUGGAUCAGGUGAGUCAGCAGCAGAGGCAUGAGGCUGCCAGAGUGGCGGAUCUCGAAGCUGACGUGGCACAGAAGGAUGCUGAGCUGGCAAAGCUUGCUGCUGACCUGGCGGCUGCUGAGGUGGUGGCGGGAAGGCUUGCUGAGCUGGAGCAAAGGGCUGGUGGGCCGGUGCAGCUCCAGCAGCUGGUAGUGAGGAGGUGGGGAGCGGUGGAGAGGUGUGGAGUAGAAGGGGCAGCAGCAGGAACUUGGGAAAAUAAGGAUGGUUUGACAGCUGGUUCGGAAGCUGGUGCGGGGUUGGGCCGGCAGGGCAGUGACGUGGCAAGACACGUGGAGGCAUUGGAGGAUUCAGGUGCCACGUCAGCUGGGCAAGGCAGUGACGUGGCGAGACAGGUGGCGGCGCUGGAGGAGGCGCUGCGGAGGAAGACUGCCAUGCUGGCAGAGUGCCAGCUCAACUGCGCCCACCUGGAGAACCGGCUGCACGAAGCUAGGAGCGAGGCUCGGAACGAGGCUCGGAGGAGCGAAGCGAGGGCUGAGGCACGGAGUGAGGGGAGGAGCGAGGGGCGUGCGGUUACAAGCGCCGAGGUAGCAGAGUGGCAGCGCAAGUGUGCUGAUCUAGAGACCCGGCUGCACGAGGCGAGGAGCGAGACACGCACGCUGCGCUGCGCCGCAGACCGGCGCGCGGCGGAGAGCGGCGGGUUGCGGGCGGCAGCGGUGCGGCUGAGAGGGCUGAUGGAGCGAAUCAACCGAUGCUUACAAGCAAACAGCCUUGGGGGUGUCGUGGAGGGGCUUUCCGGCUUGGCAGACUCGCUGGGAGAGGCGACGGGUGGAGUCGCUCCGGCAACAGGUGGAGCUGUUGCUGCUGUGGCUGCUGCUUCUGCUGGCUCUGCUUCGGGCCUGAGCAGGAGUGCCGUUUUAGCUAGCGGCUUGAGCAGCAGCAGCAUGGCUGAUUCUGCAGCUGCUGCUGCUGGUGCUGCUGGUGCUGCUGCUGCUGCUGGUGGUGGUGGUGCUGCUGCUGCUGCUCCUUCUGCCCCUGCUGCUCCGGCUGCUGCUGCUCCUAGUGUCCCAGCGGCAGAGGAGUGGGUGGUGGCGGCGGUGAGGGCAAUAGCAUUGGGGGUGGGGCGGGUGGUGGAGCGAGGGCGCAGGGCGGAGGGGGACGCGCACCGCCUGGCCCGGCAGCUGCAACGCACGUCAGAUGCACUCGUGGACAUGUCUUCAAAGCACGAGCUGGUGAAGCAGGUGAGGAGAUGGAGAGAUUGCGCUGCGCGUGAGAUGAUAGCAUUGACACGUUACCACACGCACGACAUCGCUGCCUUGGUGCCCGUGGGGAGGGGAGGGGCAGCUGCUACCACGUUCUCUGCUCGCCCGAUGCCGAUUUUUGAGUCGACUCAAAAUCGACUUACUACAUGCCAUGCCUCUCUUCCAUUCCCCUCACUCCGUCGCGCAUUGAGGCGGUUUUUAAGGCGCCUCAAAAACCACCUCAAUGCUACCACGCUCUCUGCUCGCCCGAUGCCAUGCCUCUCUUCCAUUCCCCUCAUGAUUGAAGAUGUGAUCGCGCGUGAGAGGACAGCCUUCGCUCGUUUCCACACGCCUGACAUCGCUGCCUUUGUGCCCGUGGGGAGGGGGGGGGGCCACUACCGCGCGCUCGGCUCGCCUCAGUUGCACCUCCCCCACCUUCAGUGUUCCUUGCCUCUCCCCCUCCCUUCCUCCAUCCCUCCCUUCAGAUCGCGCGUGAGAGGAUAG